AAAUUUAGUAGCUUACUAAAAAUAAAAAUAAAAAAAGAAGAAAGAGAGAGAAAUCACUUUACCACUUUUAUAUGCUGCACGCAUCCAUCCACAGCAGAAAACACAAGGAAGACAAGAGAAAGAAAGAAAUCCUCAUUUUAAAGCUUUUCUCUUUUUGUACUGUGCUCAUCACAACUCACAAAAACAACACAAAGAUGAGUUUUUGAAACCAUUUACAUUACACAACAAGAGAGAGAAACAAAAAACACACAAAAAAAGAAUAUAGGUGUUGUUGUGUUUUGUUGUUUGAGUGAAAAAAGAAAAACAAGUUCUUGAAGUGAAAAAGAAGCAGAAGAAGAUGAAGAAAGAGAAUGAAUGAAUCAAUGAGUUAAAAGAUGAAGGCUAUGCCCUUAUCUUUUGAAGAAUACAUAGGAAAAGGGGUGUUAGAUUUUGGUUCAAGUGUUGUUGUUGGUUCUUCAGAUUCAUUGUUAUUUCAUCAGCAGCAAGAACAAUUUCUACAAAGGUGGAGGGAAAAUUGUUGCUAUGCGGGCAUUGAGCCCAAUUCUGUUGUUGUUUUUGACCACAAAAAACCAAAUCAAGAAACCACUCCUACUUCAUCAUCAACACUGUCUUCCUCACACGGUAGCGCCGCCGGAGGCACUGGCUGUUCAGCUGAUAGCACAACCGGUGGUGGUGCCGCUGCCGCGGCAAAUACCAAAAGCAAUAUACUACAAGGUGAAGGAAGAUGUGGAAUGGAAGAUUGGGAAAGUGUGUUGUCUGAUUCACCAAGUCAAGAUCAAGAUCAUUCAAUAUUGAAAUUGAUUAUGGAAGAUAUUGAAGAUGCUUCUAUGGGAUUAAGUAAGCUUUUACAAGUUGGAACUAGUAAUUCUCAUUCUCAACAAGAUGUUGAAUUCAAUGGUUUUAGUUUUAUGGAUCAACAAAGUUCUGUUCUUGAUCCUAUUUCUUCAAAUGUUAACAACAAUAAUACCAACUUUGUAACUAGUAUUGAUUCUUCUUCUGUUGUUGCAACUACUGGUAAUACUGCUGAGAUUUGUUCUGAUUUCCCUUUUGGUAGAGUCAUGAAUCAAAACCCUAAUUUCAAUUCUUCACUUUCUCAAGGUGGUUUGUUUCAUCAGCAGCAUCAACAACAACAAAUUCAGUCUCUUGAUGAGAAGCUACCUCAAUUUGUUAUGAAUCCAAACCAAGCUCAGUUUAUGCCUAACCCUAGUUUGGUUUUUCCUUUCACAUACUCUCAGCUGCAAGAAAACCAAGAUAUUCAUCAUCAGCCACCAGCUAAAAGACUCAAUUGUGGAACUAAUUAUGAAAUUCCAAAGAUACCCUUUUUGGAUUCUGGUCAAGAGAUGUUUCUUAAGCGGCAACAACAGCAGCAGCAGCAGCAACAGCAACAUCAGCAGCAGCUUCAACUGCUUCCACAUCAUCUGCAGCAGAGGUCAAUGGCACCUAAGCAGAAAAUGGGGAACCCUGGAAGUGGUGGCGGCGAAGAUGUGUCGACUCAUCAGUUUCAGCAGGCUAUAAUUGAUCAGCUUUUCAAAGCUGCAGAACUUAUAGACGCCGGUAAUCCGGAACUCGCGCACGGGAUAUUGGCGCGGCUCAAUCACCAAAUUUCUCCUAUUGGGAAGCCUUUUCAAAGGGCUGCUUUCUAUUUCAAGGAGGCAUUAUUGCAAUUGCUUCAAUCAAAUGUCAAUAAUGGCAACAACAAUAGUAACUUUUCACCAACCGGCCUCUUGCUCAAAAUUGGUGCUUAUAAAUCAUUCUCAGAAAUCUCACCGGUUCUGCAGUUUGCAAAUUUCACUUCCAACCAAGCAUUGCUAGAAGCUGUAGAAGGUUAUGAUCGAAUUCACAUAAUAGAUUUCGAUAUUGGUUUUGGUGGACAAUGGUCUUCUUUUAUGCAAGAGUUGGCACUCAGGAAUGGUGGUGCACCUGCACUUAAGAUCACUGCAUUUGUUUCGCCCUUUCACCAUGACGAAAUUGAGCUUAGUUUCACUCAUGAGAAUCUGAAACAAUAUGCUGGUGAAAUUAACAUGUCAUUUGAGCUCGAGAUUCUGACACUCGAGUCUCUGAAUUCUGUUUCGUGGCCACAGCCACUUCGUGAUUGCGAAGCAGUUGUUGUUAACUUGCCUAUUUGCUCGUUCUCAAAUUACCCUUCAUACCUUCCUUUGGUGCUUCGAUUUGUGAAACAGCUCAUGCCGAAAAUUGUGGUGACAUUGGAUAGGAGUUGUGAUCGAACUGACGCACCAUUUCCUCAGCAUAUGAUUUUUGCACUCCAGUCUUAUUCUGGUUUGCUCGAGUCACUUGAUGCUGUUGGUGUUAAUGUUCACCCGGAUGUGCUUCAAAUGAUCGAGAAAUACUAUCUUCAACCAGCAGUUGAGAAGCUGGUUUCGGGUCGUCUACGUUCACAGGACCGAACACUUCCUUGGAAAAACCUACUCUUGUCAGCAGGGUUCUCGCCGUUGACGUUUAGUAACUUUACCGAGUCACAAGCAGAGUGUUUGGUGCAAAGGAUUCCAGGUAGGGGAUUUCAUGUGGAGAAGAAGCAGAAUUCACUCGCUUUAUGUUGGCAAAGGAAGGAUCUCAUCUCGGUUUCGACUUGGAGAUGCUGAGAGUGGAAGGAACAACCACUUGCUUGCACCUUUGAAAUCGUCAAUUAGUUGUUUUAAAAUGCAAAGGUGCUUCAUAACUUACUACUACUAUUACUACUACUACUACUUGUUUCUUUUUAUCUUUCUUUCUUGAAUUUGCCUUGGCUUUAUGAUUCAAUGCUAAUUUGUCUAUGUUUAGGAUUUGUUAUUUCCACUGAUGAUGGAAGUAAACGUAUUAUGUCUUAAUUAGCAACUGAAUGGCAAUUUAUGAUCUCUAUUAUGUGUA